GUCUGGCUUCUCAAGUCACCGACUCGGUUGCUAUCAACGAGUGAGUGCGUGAUUGGUCUCUGCAGCAACAAGGUCUAGGUGCACAAGUUCAGAGACAGGAAAUGGGUCGUGGAGUCAGCAGUGGUGGUGGUCAGAGUUCCUUGGGUUAUCUCUUUGGCAGCGGGGAGGCCCCCAGCAAUGUCCAAGGUGCAAGCAAUCAAGGUCAGCCAGCAAAUGGUGGGCGUACUCAGUCUCAGAAUGCUAGUGCUCCUUCACCUCCAAUUGAUAAGCAAAUUCCUGCUGGAAUUCCAGGGAGUCUCAAAAACAAUUACCAUCGUGCUGAUGGCCAAAACUGUGGCAACUUUCUCACUGAUCGACCAUCUACCAAGGUUCAUGCUGCCCCAGGUGGAGGAUCGUCCUUGGGUUACCUCUUCGGUGGUCCUCCAGCUGGAAACUAAUUCAUUAGUUUGAUUUGAACCUACCAUGUGUAAAAUAGACAGUGUUGCCUUGUGUUUAGACCAGUGGACAUGUUUCUUGUGCAAUUAAACUCUUGACAAUGUUUUAGUAGCUCGAUGGCCCAAACUAAGCUGAUUCAUAGGUUUGUUGUUCUGUGCUGUUGUGUGGGUUUCGAUUAAUGAAAUUUAAUGUACCUAUGAGCUAAAGUGACUCAUAAUUGUUCUCUUAUCUUCAUUUGUGUGUUCAUAUCAUUAUGAUGACUCUUUUGAAAUGACU